AUGGAAGGAUCGUAUCCACUGCAGGCACGCAACACAGUGCGUCGCCAUCGGGAACGAGCCAAGUACGACUUCGAGACGGUCCAUUCCAUCGUGAAUGCGUCGCCCAUCCUCCACGUAUCAUUUCUGCCUACGAACCCGGCUGAUGACCCCUUUCCAACCACCCUACCCAUGAUUGGGUAUUUGGGCUCAUUUGAUGGCCCGUCAACGGGUGCGCUCGAUCUGUAUCUUCAUGGUCACAGUGCCUCGCGUGUCAUGCGCUUAGCCGGCAAUCUCGGACAUGAGGGAAUCCCCGUCUGCGUCGCCGCGACCCUCAUUGUGAUGCACGGCUAUGCCUCGGUUGUUACGGCUGAAGCAGAGAAAGAUUUGGCCCUUCGCCUCAUUACGGAUGGCUUGGUGCCGGGGUGUUGGGACAAUUCCCGCGUGCCUCCCACUCGUGCCGAGAACGUAAGCACGUCUGUUCUCAGGGUCCAUGUCGCUAGCGCUAACGGCAAAAUAAGCCAAGGCGGGCCUUCGGACGACAGGAAGGACCUUCAAGAUGAUGAGGUUACUGGCAGAGUGUGGACGGGGACCCUUCCUGUCUGGGAGUUCGUUGGGACACCCAUUCCGAGCAUUACGAAUAAAGUAGCCCAGGUUCCGGAUUACGUGGUUCAGUGGCGACAGAAUCACAAUGCGGAGAACGAGUCAUACGCUCGGGAAGCCAUUGGAAAUAUUAAACAGUGA